AUGAAUACAUUUGCUGAAGCGGUCAACAACAUAUAUGACAUUCUCAUCUCACAACUACCUCAACCUGUAAUAAAUGGUGAUAUAAUGGUUAUCACUAUACCGGAAGAUGAAUAUCAAGCCGAAUUUGAAGGUUGUAAACACAACUUGCAUGCAAGAAUCAUCUGGUCUAAAGGAACAACUCCUCUAAAAUUGGUGCCUUACGUUGGAACUUUUUGGGAAAACAGGGCAUUGCUUAUCUUGGUAAAGGAUGCUAUGAAUUAUCCUUUUCAUCCCUAG